AUGGAGCAGCAAAUAGAUCAGGUCGUUCAAGCUAUCGCUAUUGCUUUUGAUCAGAGUCAGAUUUCAUUGCACCAACAAGCCCUUGCGUAUGUCUCGACAUUCCAACAAAAUGCAAACGAAACGUGGAGGCUCGCGUUGAGGCUUUUCGUAGAUCAGAAUGCAGAUGGAACCAGGAAAUAUCCUCCACAGGUUAGAUUCUUUGGCCUUCGUGUGUUAGAUGAAUUUUUGGAUAACCGAUUCGAAAGAUUCGAUGACGAGUCAUUCCAAACUCUCCAACAAGCCUUAGUCGCAUAUAUCGAAUCCGAAUAUGUUCGUGGUCCCGCUGAAGCAGAUGCUACUUUUCUGCGGAACAAGUUUUCACAUACCCUCACGCUCUUCUUCCUGUGCACCUAUCAAGAUCAAUGGCCCAAUUUCUUUACCGAUCUCUUUACGCUCAUUCACCCCACCGAACAGAGUCCCUCCAGAGGAUUUAACAGACAUGUAUCCCUGCUUUUUUUCCAUAUCGUCCUCGAGAUUUCGGGCGAGGUUGCCGACCAGAUUAUAAAGUCGGCGAGAUCGUUCAAUGCUGCACGUCAUGCGCGCGACGCCAAAGUUCGGGAUGGUGUUCGCGAACGAGAUGCAGCAAGAAUUAAUGAAGCUGUUCUCACCAUUGUGGCAGAACGCACCGAACGCAUGAACGAACUACGCAAAAAUCCAGGUUCCGCUACAGAGCCAAAAGAGCUUGACAAUGCAGUAGAAGUAGUGGACUGGGGUGUUCGAACCUUUGGAUCUUAUGUUGGAUGGAUCGACAUCAAUUUGACUGUUACUCCAAUUACUGUGCCGCUACUAUUUAAUCUACUUGCUGAUCCGUCUCUACCAAUACGAUUGGCAACAUCGGUUGCACUACUUCGCAUCGUGUCAAAGGGUCUCAAGGAGCCAGGUGAUAAGCUCCAGUUGUUAAAAGUUCUGUCUCUUGGUCAAGUUCUUGAGGCUUUGGAAGCGAAAACUCGUGCUCAACAGGUAGAACGCGGCGAUGAUACUGAUGAAGGAGAGGAAUCAUACAGGGAAGCAUUGGGAAAAUUGUUGAACGUACUGGGGCAGGAGCUUGCUAAGCUAGUCGAAGAGUGUCAGAACGAGGAGAUUCGUUCUGAAGCAUCAACAUAUCUUACUCAGAUUCAGCCAAUCAUGUUGAAUUUUUUGGCGGAUGAAUACGACGACACAUGUUCAACCGUGUUCCCAUUGCUCAAUCUCGUUUUGGCUGCCUAUAAAAGGUCACGUAAAAUAUCCACAGAACCUCUUGAUGAACCAAAGCGGGCAUUUCUUGCCUCUCUUCUUCAGGUCAUCCUGGCCAAGAUGAAAUGGGACGAACAUCCCGAUCCUGAUGGUGCCGAGGCAGACGAAGAUGAUAUCGCCGAAUUUGAAAAAAUGCGCAAGGACCUGCGUGUCUUUUUAGACUCUAUCCUUUCUAUAGACCAGGAUCUUGUCACUGAAGCUGUGCGCACGCUGUCUCUGAAUACGAUCUCAGCCUAUACGUCGGGUGUGUCAUUGAAGUGGAAUGAUGCGGAACUUGGUAUCUUCUUGGUGUAUAUAUUUGGGGAGAUUAACAAAUCUGGUGGGAAAGGGCGUGCGGCAUUUUGUCAGGCACCCACAGUGGACAAAGAAAAACGGAAAUCCGCGGAUUAUUCAGAAUAUCCUCUUACUGCACACGGCGAGAUGCUCCUUGCGCUUGUGCAAUCCGGCAUAGCUUCAUUCCCCAAUCGAAAUGUAGCACUGCAGUUCUUCGAGACAGUGUCAAGAUAUGCAGAUUUUUUUAAAGUUCGAAGGGAAUGCAUUCUUCCAACGCUCGAGGCCAUGGUCGACACUCGAGGGCUUCACAAUGACAAUGAUCAAUAUCGCUUACGCAUGUUUUACCUGUUUCACCGUUUCAUCAAGGAGCUCAAGAAUGAAAUUCCCGUCGAUAUAUGCCCUGGAAUCAUCGACAGUGUACGAAACCUCUUGCCAAUUACAGUGGUGAUCCCUGAACCCGAAGAACCCGAGACCGAUGUAUUAGCAGAGGCUCUUGCAAAUUCUACGUUCGCCUCCCAGCUCUAUCUAUUCGAAAUUGCCGGCAUGUUAUGUUCUCUAGUUUUCAAGAAUCCUGCACAGCAAUCGGAACUACUGCUGUCACUGGUUAAGCCACUAAUGGAUGAUCUAUCUGUCAGCUUCCAAGCUUUCAGGACGAAUGGGCCAUCAGAUUUAGUGCCAAUCGUUAAAGUCCACCAUAUCAUCAUGGCACUUGGUAGCAUUGCAAAAGGAUUCCCAGAUUAUCCUUCGACGGUCCCCGAAAAUUACAUCCUGCCUCCAUUGGAAGUAUUUAGCCAAAUGGCUCAAGCCAUGAUGGUUUGCCUGGAAGCAAUGAGUGUCUUCAAACCUAUCCGAGAUGCAAGUCGCUUUGCUUUUGCAAGAAUUUUGGCUACUGCAGGCCCGACAGUCACACAUUUCAUUCCGCCACUCAUGAGCAACCUGCUGGUUCAUUUUGAACCCGCAGAGCUCGCUGAUUUUAUGAACUUCAUUGGUCUCCUUAUUCAUAAAUUACAGAGUAAUAUGUUUGAUGUUCUGGAUCAAUUGAUAGGACCUUUGAGCACGCAUAUAAACGAACUCUUAUCUCAACCCAUCACUGGUACAGAUGAUCAGCGUGCGCAUGUAGAAACUAAAAGAGCGUACCUUGCCCUUUUGAAUAAUAUCAUGGCCUCCAAACUGCAGGGGAUUUUUGUGUCAGAACGAAAUUCUGCGCGUUUUGAAAGUCUAAUCGAAACUAUGCAGCGCUUAGCAGAAGAUGUUUUAGAUCCCGCUAGCGAAAAGGUGGCAUUAAUGUUCCUAAACCGAGGUGUUAGCGUCUGGGGCCAGCCAGUCGAUUCAUCCUCUGCAACUAAUGGACUGGAGGCGGGUGAAGGGUUGCCUGGAUUCGAGCGUUUUAUUUACGAACGACUCAUUCCGAUGGCAUUCCGUGUUCCAUCAUUACCCAAUUUCAAUAUGAAAGAUGGGCAAAUUACGGUAGUACUCCACGAAAUCGCCAAUCUUCUCCAAGUUGUCUGUAAAACACGAGGAGCGGAAGCGUACACAUUCUUCUUGAAUGUCUUCUUGCCCUCCCAAAACUGGCCUUCGGAAAUGGCCCUAGAUUUUACGACCAAGCUCAAAGACCUAGACGGCAAAAACUUCCGGAGAUACUUCACAGAUCUCAUUCGUUCUUCACGCACGUCAUCAUAG